AUGGCAUCACGACGACUGCAGGGAUUUCAAUCCCUUCUUCGGGGCAAGUCUCAUCUCUUGCGGCCUCAGCAACGCCGCUGGGCCCAAGUCCAUGAUGUACGCUUCCUGGCCUCCCAUCAUGACCCAAAGCAUGUCUUGGACAAAUACCGGAGUAAGUUGGACGAGAAGGCCAAAGAAGAGGGUCAUGGCUCUAUCGACUCCUUGAAGGAGGCCUACAGCGACAAAAUCAAGGACCUGCGCCGCAAAGCAGCCACCGCGGCCACCCCCGAACCAGAUGCGCCUACACCACAGCCCAAAUCGACCUCCUUCCAAAACACCCCUCCAGCCUUCCACCCUCCGCCCCCUCCUCAGACCCCAUCAGCCACCGAGAAAGCCGCCCGAGAAGUUUCCGGCAGUGGCAGCCCCAUCAAGUCGCUGAGCACCUACCUCGAGGUCGAGAAGAUUCGCGACCUGCCCGCAAAGGAGAUUGAAGCCCUCUGGCGCCUCCGGUUCGCAAACAGCUCAACCUCUAUCUGUGCCGCUAUCCCGCUAGACACAUACCUGCGCAUCGCUGAAGCCGCCCGCCAAAACCCCCAGUUCAUUCUCCCCCUCCCGCGCCAAGCAGCUGAGGAAGACAUGCAAACGCCGGAUGGGACAGCAGCACAAACUGCCGCGGAAAUCCACUUCUUGCAAUGGGCUUUCCACCCGCCCGCAGAUGACUUCAUCCCGACCUCCGAGGACACAGUCAACAACCACACUUCGACCGUGAUCUUCACCAAUCUCGGCGCGUUCAAGAUGCAUGGCUCCUUCGCGCAACCGCAUACUACUGUAACGCAUCACUUGGAUUUGGCGGAUGACAAAGGUCUGGUCCUCAUGCAUGGCCAGGUCAUGCCGGAUCGGGGCGUUUCAACCGCCGAGGCGACGUGGCUGGUUAGUUCCGUGCAGCGCUUCUACGAUUUUGGUGGACAGGCAAGUGGCCGCAAGGGCGAGUUGGUGCGGAUGUUCACGCGGGGCGAUGUGGAGAACUUCAAGGUGGAGGAGUUGAUGGAGGAGACGGAGAGAGUUCACUAG